AUGGCGCCGAAGAAACCUUCUACCACAGCGGAGGUUGCGCUUGUACCCCUCAAGAAUUGCCUUGUCAAUCUUCCGCCGUCACUUGUCGCUUUGCUGGUCAAUGCCAAUACUCCUGCGCAAAAUGUCAUUAUUGAGCUGCAGUACAAGGCUGCUUCAGGCAAGGUCAAUGGCGUUCCGCCCCAGCGGUCAUGCUUCCUGGGCUGGACGGGCAUGCCGAGCAAACGGAAGCUUGCGCCGGUAGUAGGCCGAGAAGGCAUGAACGGAGGCUUCUCCAGAGAACAGGAGAUCUCCACUGUCGAGCUCGACACAACAUUCGGAAGGUUACUAGGUCUUACUGAGGGACAAAAGGUCGGUCUCCUGGUGCACCUCGAUCCACCAGUCGCGCAUACAAUAAAUAUUGAGCCUUUGACACCAGAGGAUUGGGAAAUCAUUGAACUCCACGCCACCUUCCUGGAACUCAACCUUCUCUCCCAGAUCCGCGCACUACCAAAUCCUUCCUACAAUGCCGCACAGGCCGAGCAUAUGCAUCCGCUUGCGCUACAUCUUUCGCCCACCUCAACUGCCAAUAUCAUUGUCACUUCUUUGACACCCGCUCCCGAUGCCACCUCUCCAUUUGCCAAGAUCGCCGCGGACGCUGAGGUGAUUGUCGCUCCUAAGGUACGGUCCAAGGCUGGCAAGUCGUCGCGUGAGGACAAUCGCAGUAAUGCCGGAAGCAGUAGAAGGAGCACUGGUGGUCGAAGCUCAGGUAGCACGGUCCGUCACAAGUCAAGCCGGUCUGACUCCAGAGGUGCAUUGUUCUUGAGAGGAGUGGAGCGCACGGCAGCCGAUGAGUACUUUGAUCCAGAGAUGGAGGAAGACGAGAACGAAGGUCUUCGAGUGUGGCUUGGACCAGAGCUCCUUGCUUCAUCAGAGCUCCGAGGCGCCCACUGGGCAUGCGUGUCCGUCGUUCAGCCGGCGGGAUUGAAGCCUCCAGUUGAUCCCCAACAACAACUUGCACAGCAAGAGCAGCAGAAGUCCCAUGAUGCAGGAACUCCUAGCAAUAAAAUUGUUGCUAGGCUUAUACCCUGGGAGGAGGCACCAGAUAGCAGACACGUGGCGAUGUCUACGAUGCUUUGUACGUCGCUCGGGGCGGAGAACAUGGUUGGUGGGAUCAUUCGAGUCGAAGCUGCUGCGCCGCAGCUACAUCGUUCAGCAGUCAAGACAUUGAAAGUAUAUCCCUUCAUGAUGGAGGCUUCGAAGAAGAAGGACGGACUCAAAUUCGGUGCCGACACGGUAGCAGCCAAGGACGCUUUAGCUGAGCGGCUGAAGGUUCUCUACGGCUCUACUGGCUCUGACACUGGCCUGUUUGCUGGACCACUGACCGAUGGAAUGAUCCUUCCCAAGGUUCACAAUCAUCCUUCCGUUUCGCCUUUCGAUGGGGCGCUAUUACGCUUCGAUCCUCCUCUCAAGGGCGCUCCAGAAGAAAGCAAGUCAAUAUUUGGGUGGCUCCUUGGUUCUGAAGCGAAGCUGAACGUGGAAGUGCAAGCUGAAAUUCCUCCCUUCGCCGACUCGGCGUUAUCUGCGCUACCGACAGAAGACUCAAUUCCUGAAAGUGUCCCCAAUUUGGUGGGGAUCGACUCGAUCAUUUCUCAGGCAAUGACAAAUCUCACAAAGUCGUCAUCUAUUUUGUUGACGGGUGGCCUCGGAGCUGGCAAGACGACAUUGGCACAUUUACUGGCCCAUCGGCUCCGCAAGGAGCAUCUAUAUAACGUCAAGUAUUUCUCGUGCCGCAAACUCGUCACUGACGAGACUCGAAUCUCUAACAUUAAAGAGACACUUAACCGCCUCUUCAUGUCUGCUUCGUGGUGUGCACGCCUCGGUGGCCAAGCGGUUGUGAUUCUGGAUGAUCUUGAUAAGCUCUGUCCCGUGGAGACGGAGAUGCAAGUUGGUAAUGACAAUGGCCGGAGCCGUCAAAACAGUGAAGUCAUAUGCACAAUGGUACGAGAGUACUGCUCUAUGAACUCUUCUGUAGUCUUGCUGGCUACGGCUCAGGCCAAGGAGUCAUUGAACAACGUCAUCAUCGGCGGACAUGUGGUUCGCGAGAUUAUCAACAUGCGAGCACCUGACAAGGAGGGCCGGCGGAAGGUCUUGGAGAAGCUCACCAGUCAGGACAAGGCUACUACUGAGUCAUUCAACGGCCGCGUUCGAUCAACAAGCUCUUCCACACAACACACGCAAGAUUCGUGGCUUGACCCUUCCAAUCCCGGAAGCCGACCCAGUUCCUCUGGGGGUGAUGGAUUCCAGCUCAGCAGGGACGUGGAUUUUCUUGAACUUGCUGGAAAGACUGAUGGAUAUGCUCCUGGAGACUUGGUCCUUCUGGUUGCGCGUGCCCGCAAUGAAGCUUUGAUUCGCUCGGUGUCAGACCUAUCAUCCGAGUCCAAAAUGAUCACAUUAGGAACCGAGGACUUUGACAGCGCGCUGAAGGGGUUCACUCCAGCCUCUCUGCGUAAUGUCACUCUGACCUCAUCUACGACGACCUUUUCUGCAAUUGGCGGUCUAUUUGAAACUCGGAAAAUGCUAUUGGAGACUUUGCAAUACCCGACGAAGUAUGCACCCAUUUUUGCACAGUGCCCGCUGCGACUGCGCUCUGGUCUGCUUUUAUAUGGAUACCCGGGUUGUGGUAAGACCCUUCUCGCAAGUGCAGUCGCCGGCGAGUGUGGUCUGAACUUUAUCAGCGUCAAGGGUCCAGAAAUCUUGAACAAGUACAUUGGUGCCAGUGAGAAGAGUGUGCGAGAUCUCUUCGAACGCGCUCAAGCUGCCAGACCCUGUGUUCUCUUCUUCGAUGAGUUUGACAGUAUCGCACCCAAGCGAGGUCAUGACUCGACUGGUGUCACUGAUCGUGUUGUCAACCAACUGUUAACUCAGAUGGACGGUGCCGAGGGCCUCUCCGGUGUAUACGUCUUGGCCGCCACAUCCCGUCCGGACCUAAUCGAUCCGGCGCUUCUGCGGCCUGGCCGUCUCGACAAGUCCUUGCUAUGUGAUAUGCCAUCGCAGGCUGAUCGUCUCGAUAUCAUUCGAGCUGUGGGCGAGAAGCUGAAGAUGAGCGACGAGGUCCGCUCCCGUCUAGACGAGGUCGCUGCACGGACGGAGGGACUUUCCGGCGCUGAUCUCCAGGCCGUUGUAUACAACGCACAUUUGGAGGCUGUUCACGACGCUCUGGGCGAUAGCUCCGCAGAUAAGUCCGGGGCCACGAAGUCCGGUAGCGGUAAAAGCUCAACUGGCAGCACCACUUCGACCAAGUCAUUUAUCCAGUUCCUCUAUUCUAGCUCCGAGGAAGCAGCUCGCUCGGUCACUCUCCCCCCUCCGGCCGUAGUCGCCGCCAAACUUGAUGCGAUCAAGAGUGCACGACGCCGUCAACGGCAACUGGAGAACGGCUCGGCCUCUGCGAGCUCAGCCCCUGCUGCCGCAACAGCGGCAAAUGAGGCCGGUGUUGAGGCCGACGGGCUACGUGAUGAAAUUGUCGUGCGGUGGGAGCACAUGGAGCGGUCGCUCAAGUCCACACGCCCGUCACUCAGUCCAGCGGAGCGAAGACGAUUCCAGGGUAUCUAUCGAGAGUUUGUGGUCGGUCGCAAUGGCGAGAUGCCUAAUGGCGAGGCGGCGAAUGAGAUUGGAGGCCGGUCGAGUUUAAUGUGA